AUGCAGAUAAAAUUUUUAAAACAGAUAUCUGAGCCAGUCAACGGUGAAGCGCAAGUAUCUACAAUAUGUUUUUCACCAAAUGGUCAAAAAUUAGCAAUGUGUAUCGAUCGCGUUAUUCAAUUGUACGAUGAUCUGGGUGAACUGAGAGACCGUUUUGCCACAAAACCUAUUGAUUCGAAAUAUGGUCGACAAUCGUAUGUUGUAACUUCCAUGGAUUUUUCACCCGACAAUGCAAUGUUAGCAAUUGCUCAAAGUGACAAUAUUGUGUUUGUCUAUAAAAUUGGACAUGAUUGGGGUGAAAAAAAGUCCAUCGUUGCCAAAUUUGUUCAAAAUUCAAAUGUCACAACAUUGAUAUGGUUGCCUGAUGGACAAAUUAUAUUUGGUUUAGCUGAUGGAAAAUUGAGAUCGGGAAAUGUAAAAAAGAAUAAAUCACAAACAUUAUUUACAGCUGAACAAUACACUAUUUCAUUAACAGCAAACAUAACGAAAAAAGCAAUAUUAUCAGGACAUGCUGACGGUUCAAUUUGUCGUUUUAUUAUUGAAGAUGAAGGAACAGGUGAUAAAUCAGGAUUAGUUGUACGUCAUAGUUGUCCGCCAGGUGCCAUUGUAUGGACACCUCACGGCAUAAUUGUGGGUGGCUGUGAUCGACGCAUUGUUAUUUACAAUAAAGAUGGAAAAGUAUUACAACAAUUCGAUUAUAGUCGAGAAGCAAAUGAGAGAGAAUUUAGUGCUGGAAUAUGUAAUCCAACUGGACAAGAAGUUGUAUUUGGUUCUUAUGAUCAUAUUCGUUUAUUUUCUUAUCAACCAAGAAAAGGUUUAUUUGAAGAGGGACCCAUGAAAGAAAUAAAAAAUAUGUAUACGGUGACAUCGAUGUCAUGGCGUUUAGAUGGUUCUCGUUUUGCUAUAGCCAAUUUAACAGGUGGUACAUUUUUAUUUAAUUGUAGUUUAAAAAAACAAAGUAUUAAGGGAAAAUAUGAAAUUAAUUUUGUUAGUUUAUCCCAAGUAUUAAUUGAAAAUAAAUCGACACAAAAACGUAUGGAUCUUGUAUCAAAAAAUGGUUUUGAAAUAGUGGAUGUAAAAAUUUUGGGCAAAGAUCGUUAUGCCGUUGGUUAUACGGCUCAUACACUAUUACUACUUGAUCUUGAUGAUGAUAAACAACAAAGACGAUGUGAAGUUCAUUGGCAAUCGAAUGGUGAUGAAAAAUUUUCAUUUGAAAAUGAAAAUGUUUGUAUGAUAUUUUGUAAUGGCGAACUAACAUUGAUUGAAUAUACUGGUCAACGAGGUAUUCUAUGUACAGUGAGAACAGAAUUUUUAAAUCCAAAUUUAAUUAGUGUUCGUAUUGAAGAGCGACACAUGUAUGGAAAUAAAAAAAUGGCCUAUUUAUUAGAUAGUAGAACAAUAGCUAUUAUUGAUUUGAUGUCAGUUAGUGGUGGAUCAUUGAUUGGACAGAUACAACAUGACUCAAAUAUUAAUUGGUUAGCACUAAAUGAAACCAGUAAAUAUUUAUUAUUUCGAGACAAAAAUUUAAAAUUAUAUUUAUAUAAUUUAUCGACUAGUAAUAAGCUAUGUAUAUUAAAUUUUUGUGUCUACGCUCAAUGGAUUCCCGAUAGUGAUGUUGUUGUGGGUCAAUCACAAGAUAAUUUAUCUAUUUGGUAUAAUAUUGAACAUCCUGAAACAUGUGAUAUAAAACCUAUUAAAGGUGAUGUUCAAGAAAUUAUUAAACAAAAAAAUAAAACUGUUGUCAAAUUAAAUGAUAAUGGUAUUCAAUCACAGAUUGAAUUAGAUUCGAAUAAAGUUGAAUUUAAUACGGCUAUUAAUGAUAAUGAUUUUCGUCGUGCUGUAGCCUAUUUAGAUGCUUGUACAUCAGGAACAAAUGAUACAAAUUCUGAAACAACCAAUACAUUAUGGGAAACAUUAGCACAUUUAUCCUAUGAAAAACAAGAAUAUCUCAUAUCUGAACGAGCAUAUACAGCCACAAGACAAAUGGCCAAAGCACGUUAUCUACAUAUGAUCAAUCAAAUGGCAAGAGAAAAAAAAAAUGGUUAUGAUAACUAUGAAGUUCGAGCAAAAUUAGCCAUAUUUGAGAAAAACUUAAAAACAGCCGAAUCAAUCUAUUUAGAAAAUUCGGAUGUUGAUAAAGCUAUUGAUAUGUAUCGAACAUUACAUCAUUGGGAUGAAGCAAUUUAUGUAGCUGAAAGAAAACAUCAUCCACAAGCGGAUGAAUUAAAACAAAUUUAUUAUAAGUGGCUAAAGGAUACAAAACAGAUUGCUCGUGCUGCCGAUUGGAAAUUGAAACAACAUGAUUACGAUGAAGCGAUAUCAUUGUAUUUGAGUACAAAUUUACCAUCAAAAGCUGCUCAAAUUGUUAUGCAAAAUCCGACAAUGAUGCGUGAUGUCGACUUAAUUACUCGCAUUGCACUUGGUCUUGUUAAAAUUGACAUGUAUGAAUUAGCCGGAGACUUGUAUGAACAUGUUCAUGAAGAUUCAAAAGCUCUUGAGUGUUAUAAAGCAGGAAAAUGUUUUCGUAAAGCUGUUAAAUUAGCGAGAAAAACGUCGCCAGGUGAUGUUGUUAAAUUAGAAGCAUUAUGGGGUGAUUAUUUAUAUGAACAAAUGCAAUUUAUGGAAGCUAUCACACAUUUUAUUGAAGCUGGGGAAAAUAUGAAAGCUGUUCGAGCGGCUAUUAAUGGACGACAAUGGCCAAGAGCAUUAGAAAUAUUAGAACAACAAGAUAAUGAUGAAAAUGCAGCAUGUUACAAACAAUUAGCUCAACAUUUUGCUCAAAUGCAAGAAUAUGAAAAAGCAGAACGAUGUUAUGUGAAAGCAUCAAGUCCUGGUGAAUGUGUUGAAAUGUACAAUCGUUCUGGUAAAUGGGAUCAGGCAUAUCGUAUUGCUACGAAGUAUAUGAAAAAAGAAGAGGUGGCAAAAUUAUAUUCGAAUCAAGCUAAAGAAUUGGAACAAAAAGGUCGAUAUAAAGAUGCCGAAAAAUUGUACAUUAUCAUUAAUGAUAAUAGUUCGGCAAUAUUGAUGUAUAAACGAAUAAAAAAUUAUGAGGGUCUAUUACGUCUUGUCAAACAAUAUUAUCCGGAUAAAUUGAAAGAAACAGAGUUGAAUAUAGCUAAAGAAUUGGAGCAAGAGAAACGUUUCAAAGAAGCAGAGGUGCAUUAUGUCCAAUGUGGAGAAUGGAAAGCAGCGGCAAACAUGUAUCGACUAUUAGAUCAAUGGGAUGAUGCCUAUCGUAUUGCUCGUCAACAUGGUGGACCAGUGCCAGCACAACAAGUAGCAUUUUUUUGGGCGAAAAAAUUGGGUGGUGAAGCGGGUGUUAAAUUAUUGAAUAAAUUGGGUCAUGCCGAACAAGGGUUAGAGUUAGCUUGUGAACAACGAAUAUUCGAAUUUGCAUUUGAUAUUGCACGAAUAUUAUUAAAAGAAAAAAUACCCGAAGUUCAUUAUAAAUAUGCACUUUAUUUGGAAGAUGAACAUCAGUAUCAUGAAGCAGAACAAGAAUUCAUCAAAGCAAAACGUCCUCGAGAUGCUGUACUAAUGUAUGUACAAAAUAAAGAUUGGGAUAAAGCACAACGUAUUGCACAACAAUAUGAUAAAUCAUUGUUAAAUGAUGUACUCAUUGGACAAGCAAAAGAAUCUUUUGAUCGAAAUGAUUUUCCAAAAGCUGAAUCUUUUUUGUUACAAGCACAACGAGCGGAUUUGGCUAUCAAGUUAUACAAAGAAAAUGGUAUGUGGCAAGAUGCAAUACGCGUGUGUCAAGAAUAUGCACCAAACAAGUUAGAUGAAUUAAGAGAAGAAUUUGGCAAACGUGUAAACGAUAAAAGUACUGGUUAUGGAAAUGAUGGUUUAUUAGAACAAGCAAUCAAAUGUGAAUCGAAUGGCGAAUAUCCACGUGCUGUUGAAUUGUAUCUGAGAUUAACGCCACAACACGAUAUACCAAAAGAAACACUGAUUAAAGCUUAUCUGAAAGCAAGUGAUAUUGCUCGUAAAUUUUUACCAGAAAAUAGAGCUCAACAAGUUGUUCGAACAAUUGGUCCGCGAUUAAUUCAGCUGGGUAAUCCGAAUGUGGCUGCUGAACAAUUUUUACAAUCUGAUUUAUACAAAGAAGCUGUUGACGCAUUUGUUGCUGCCAAACAAUGGGAAAAAGCGAAAAAAGUGGCAAUUGAAAUUGAUCCAGCAUUAGCUAGAUACGUUGAUGAAGAAUACAAGAAACACUUGAUGAAACAUGGCAAUCCAACAGAUAUAGCAUCGAUUGAUGCACAAGCGGCAUUAGAUAUGUAUGUUGAGAAAAAUCAAUGGGAUGAAUGUUUUCACGAAGCACAAAAACAUGGACCACUUGUACUACACAGUUAUAUAGCUAAAUAUGCUGCACAUAUGAUACAAUCAAAUAGACCAGAAUUAGUGGCAAAUGUUUAUAAGAAAUAUGGUGCUAUUGCAAUACCACAAAAUUUUCGAAUAUAUAAAGCUUUAUUUUAUCGAAUGCUGAGGGUUGACUCAUUAAAACAUGAAAACUAUCCUAAAUGGGCUGAUAUUCGUGAUGUUUUGUAUGAUGUUUUCGAAAAUAUGCAAACAUCAACCGGUUCAUCAUCGAACGUUCAACGUGAAAUUGAUGAACAACGUCCAGCGUUUGAAAUUCUCUUAUGGAUAUCUCAUUUUUAUUCUAUGCGUUGUGCAUGUUCUGAACACGAUCAACUGGACGUUAUAACAGCAAAAUUAACGAUAUCAUUGUUAAGACACUCAGAUAUCAUACCUACAGACAAAGCAUUUUAUGAAGCUGGUAUUAUGUGUAAAAAAGUACAAUGGGAUAAUAUGUCAAUGAUGUUUUUAAAUCGAUAUUUGGAUAUUGUGGAUGCUAUUGAAGAACAUAAUUUAGACAUGUUAGCCACAUCCGAAUUUGUUGAUACCGAUAUACCAUAUGAAAUUGAAUUACCGGAGCAAACAUUUUUACCUCCUGAACAACAUGAAAAAGUGAAAGAGUAUGUUUUAUCCGUAUCAAUGAAACAAGCUAUAAAACCAUCGUUGCGCAAAGAUUCAAGAAAUUGCGUUGAAUUUGCAUUGACAAAUCCUGAAUCGGGCACUCGAAAUUCUCCGUGUAUCAUUACCGGUUAUCCAGUGUUGGAUGAUAGUAUUUCAUUUGAAAAAUAUAAUUUAAUGGCAAAUAAAGAAGAUUGGAACAAAUUUAUUUUAACAGCUAAAUCCAUUAGACAUGAAUCAUUACAAGAUUGUGUGAGAUUCAUAGGAAAAUGGACAGGCAGUGUGCCGAACGUUAGCUUAUAG